ACCACGGAGAAACCGUGGAAAUGUGGGUUUUGUGACAAGAGGUUCAAAUUCCCAUCCAAGCUUGAAAUUCAUCGACGCAGUCACACCGGGGAAAGACCGUUCCCAUGCUCUGUUUGUGGGAAGGGAUUCAUGAAUGAAUCUCACCUUAUUGCGCACCAAGUGGUUCACACUGAAACACGACCUUUCAAAUGUGCUGAUUGUGAGAAGAGCUUUAAGAACGCAGGGGGUCUGUUGGCUCACCAGCGAUUUCACACUGAAGAGAGGCCCUUCAGCUGCACGUACUGUGGGAAGGGAUUCACUCGGUCGUCCAGGCUUACUGAGCACCAGCGAGUUCACACUGGGGAGAGACCGUUCACCUGCUCCAAGUGUGGGAAGGGCUUCACUUGUUUAACCAGCCUCAAUUCACACCAAUUUGUUCACACCGAUAAGAAACCAUUUCAAUGUUCUUGCUGUGAGAAAUGCUUUAAAAGUACUGGUGAUCUGCUGCAGCAUCAGCGAGUUCACACUGGGGAGCGGCCAUUCACCUGCUCGGAAUGCGGGAAAGGAUUCGCACACUCAUCCCAUCUACUGAGGCACCAGCCAGUUCACAGUGGAGAGAGGCCGUUCACCUGCUCAGUGUGCGGAAAGGGAUUUGCUCAGUCAUCUACCCUGCUGAGGCACCAGUUAGUUCACACUGAUGAGAGGCCUUUUAAAUGUCCAGCCUGCGAGAAGUGCUAUAAAAGUUCUCGGGAACUGGUGUCCCAUCAACGUGUUCACACUGACGAAAGACCUUACCGGUGCUCCCAGUGUGGGACUGGGUUCAGGAGGUCAUCUCAACUCACUGCACACCAGAGAAUUCACACUGGGGAGAGGCCGUUCACUUGUUCUGACUGUGGAAAGGGAUUUGCUCAGUCAUCUAAUCUGCAGAAACAUCAGCGACUGGAAGCUCAUCGGCGCACUCACACCGGGGAGAGGCCGUUCCCCUGCUCCGUCUGCGACAAGAGAUUCGCCCUGCCGUCUGACUUGCUGAGACACCAACGCGUUCACACCGACGAAAGACCUUUCCGGUGCCUGGACUGUGCAAAGUGCUACAAAAGUUCCGGAGAAUUGAUGCGCCACCAGCGUGUUCACACGGACGAGAGACCGUUCAGGUGUGCUCUCUGCGGUUCUGGGUUCAGGACUUCGUCUGACCUGACUGUUCACCAGCGCGUCCACACCGGGGAGAGACCAUUCACGUGCUCCCAGUGUGGGAAGGGAUUCACUCAGUCAUCCAGCCUGCUGGCACACCAGCGCGUUCACACCGGGGAGAAGCCGUUCAUCUGCUCCAUGUGCGGGAAGGGCUUCACUUCCUCGUUCAACCUGCUGACGCACCAGCGGGUUCACACCGAGCAGACCCCGUUCAUGUGCUCUCCCUGCGGGAUUCGCUUCAAGCACUCCUCUCAACUCGACGCACACCAGAGACUUCACAGCGGGGAGAGGCCAUUCACCUGCUCAGAGUGUGGGAAGGGCUUCACCCAGUCGUACAACCUGCUGAUACACCAGCGAGUUCACACCGGGGAGCGGCCGUUCACCUGCUCCAAGUGUGGGAAGGGGUUCACUUGUUCGUCCCACCUGCUGAGACACCAGCGGGUUCACAAGUGAAAUGGAUUUUCCUUUGCUAUUUCAGAAAGCGGAAGGGAUGUAAUCGAGAAGGAAAAGGGUAUUGGAUAGGUCUUUAAAGUUAAUAAAACACUGGGACCAGAUAGGAUGUUUCCAAGAACACUGAUGGAGGUGAGAGUGGAACUUGUGGAGGCUGUGGCCAUAAAUUUUCAAUCUUCUUUACACUCGGUGUUCGCACCAGAGGACUGGAGCGCUGCAAAAAUGAUGUCUCAAAGUGUGUUGGAGAUGAGUGCAGCAAACACUGGCCAGCUAGCUUAACUUUGUAGAAACAAUAAUUUGGGACAAAAGUAACAGCAGUAUUUGGGAAUUGUUGGUUAGUUGGGGAGGAUUAGCAUUAAUUCAUUGUCAGAAAAUUGUGUUCAACUAACUUGCAGGUGUCUUUUCGUCAGGUUGACCGAGCGUGUUGAAGAGGGUAGUGCUUUUGCUGUGGUGAAUGUAACGUGCCACACAUCAUACUUGUGAAGAAAAUUGGAGCUUACUGUUUGAAAAGGGACACUAACAAGGGCAAUGCAGACUUGUCUGGACUACAGGCUAAUGAGACUUGUGGUCAAGUUUGUAGUGUAGUUAGAGAGCCUUAGAGCGGAAAUGGAUCAUUUGAUCCAACUCAUCCAUGCCGACCAGAUGGCCUAAAUUAAUCUACUCCCAUUUGGCCCAUAUCCCACUAAACCCUUCCUAUCCAUAUACCCAUCCA